AUGUUACUAAAACUGGCUAAUUCACCGUUUGCUGAUAUAGACGAUAAAAAAAUCUCAUUGAAACUUCGCCUAAUCGAUUUACUUACCAUGCUGAUCACGAAUAUCAUAUCAGCUUCACUCGGUGGAGCUUUACUGUGGGGUCAC